AUGCUCCAAACCAGCAACUAUAGCCUGGUGCUUUCCUUGCAGUUCCUACUGCUGUUCUAUGACCUCUUUGUCAACUCCUUCUCGGAGCUGCUGCGCAUGGCGCCCGUCAUCCAGCUUGUGCUUUUCAUGUGAGUAUGGCACAACAGUGGGUGCUUGUCACUGUCUGUUUUUUUUUUAAAGGGCUUGUAUACAUUGGUCUUUGAAAAGAUGCUCAACAGUGCUAUGAGCUCUUAAAUAAGCUGUGGGGAUCAAAAACGUGGUUACUCUUCAGGUCCUUGGAUAGAACUGUAGACUAGUGCUUGAAUAAGUGAUUUGGAAUGGAGAAGAGAUGGUUAGUAUGUCUACUCAGGAGCAAUAGUGCAAUCUUAUAUAUUAUGUGGACUCUGAAGGAAGUCCCAUUGUUUUCAGUCAUGCUUACUGUUGUGUAAGUGUGCAUAGAAUUGCGGCUUAAGCCUUUAUGUAUACAAGAGGACUUGAUCCAUAGUAAAUGGGCUUAGGAUUACAGAGAAUUUGCCACAUUGAACACAGUGAAACUUUUUUGAGUAAACAUGCACAGGAAUGCACUUUCUGUUUGUUUCUACUCUUCUUGGGACACUCUCAUUCAGGAAAAUGGGAAGAAGAGAGUGCCAGAGAAGAAAUGAAUGGAGGAAUGAAGUAGAAUAAAAGAUACCAAGAAAAUUAUUAUUCUUUCCCUACUCCUGAAACAUCGGCAGUUAGUAGGCUGUAUUGUGUUGAAUGAUAUUUUUAAAGGGCUGGUGCUAUUAUAAUCCAUUCAUUCUAUCUUUCUCUGUGGGUAUUAGCAGCUGUUAGCUCAAUUUCCAUUACAUAAAGUUCUACCCCCAGAUUAUGAGAAUGAGUGAUAAGCAGGGGGGAAAUAGAGGUAGCUGCAGCAGGUAUUAUUUCCAUUGUAAUCUUCUAGCAAGGGUUUCGGGGUUCCCUUUCCUCUGCAAUUGGUGGACUAAUGUCUCAGUUGGCAGCAUGGACAGUGAAAACUUCUGCAGCUAUGUUAAUGUGCUUUUUGUUCUCCAAGUACUAGGCUUUAGCCACAGUUGUGGGGAGCCUGUGGCCCUCCAAAAGUUGCUGGACCACAACUCCCAUCAUCUCUGACCAUGGGUGGUGGUGGGGAGCUGGUGUCCAGUAGUAUUUGGAGAGCCACAAGCAGGGGCAUACCUAGGAGUUGGUUAGGUGAGCCCCUGCCAAGGGUGCAGGCCUGGAGUGUGUGCACAAAAAUUGUGCCUCUCCACUCUGGCUUGGAGUGGCUAGGAACUUGCUUGCCUGUUUGUGUGCUCCCUGGGCUGCUCCUUUGGCAAUACUAUGGGUGGCUGGGCAAAGCAUGCAGGCUCCUGUGGGUGCUUCGGUGGAGAAAUGCAAUUGUGCAAGGGACCAGGGUGUGUGUGUGAUGCCAAGGAUGCAAGGGAACCUAGGUACACCUCUGUGUAUAAGGUAUCUAUCAAUCUCUGUCUCAUUAAAAUGUUUGCCUGUCUUACAGCAUUCAGGAUAUUGCCAUCCUCUUCAAUGUCAUCAUCAUCUUCCUCAUGUUCUUCAAUACCUUCGUCUUCCAGGCUGGCCUGGUUAAUCUUCUGUUCCAGAAAUUUAAAGGGACCAUUGUCUUGUCAGCAACUUACCUUGGUUUGAGCAUAUCCUUCCACAUCUGGGUCAUGGUAAGGCAGGAGAGGAUUGUUUAAACUGGUUAUCAAGGAAGCCCAGAUUCUGAAUACAGGAGUAAUUGUGCAAGCAAAGAAAACACACGUUGAAACAAACUUUAUUUUAUGCUCCCCCCAGGUUUAGCACUCUGUAGUUUUUAAAUAUGGAGGUCUGGAUGUAACAAAAAAGCAGUAUGGUAAAUGGAAGAAAUGUGCAAGAGCAGGGAUGAAUAGAAGAAACUAACAGGUUAGGUUAGGACAGGUAGCUGUGGAAGAGAUAGAAGUGCUCUCUAUUGAACCCUAGGAAUCCCUUGUAAACACCACCUGUGGAUUUCCAAAUUUGUUUCAACACCUGUUAUAUUUUUAAAGCAGCUCAGGUUUUUGUACCAACUUCUGUGUGAUAAAUAAUGUGUGCAGAAUUUGUAGAACAGUAGCUGUCUCAUUGAAUUGGUUGAGGAGUUUCCAGGAAGAAAGACCUGGGAAGGAGUUGGAUUAGAUAAACCAAAUAGUAUUUAAGACAUUUAAAAGCUCAUCUGAUGAAACAGGAUAAACUGGAAGGGGUCCUAGCUGUUGCAACUGUUAUAAUGCAAUAUAUUAUUGUGGCUUGGCAUGUUAAUUCACCUUCCAACCUUUCAGAAUCUUGUCAGUAUAAAGCUAGAAUUUCCUAUUGAUAGGGUUAGCUGGAUACAGAAGGCCUUACAGUCUUCUUUGACCAGUGUUUUUCCCUCCCUUUGGGCAGUUCUGUUUUUCUCAGCUGUCCUUCGUUCUUCACCAUCACACCCUGGACUUCUUGCAUACAUACCAAUCACUUCUUUUUCUAAGAUCUUUUUGAACAAGCAUACUUUUCUUUUGCUCUUGAUGAGCAUAAUUUACUGUGUGCUCCUUUAUUCUUGUUUUCUUCGGACAUCUUGUUACACUGACUUCUGCUCACAUUAAUUUAUUUUUAGAUAUCUGUGUCUGAGAUCCAUGAAAAAUGAUUGGCCUUGCAAUAAUUGCCUAAGCUGUCAUUUAAGUGGUCUAUUGUACGUUUUGUUAAUACUGUAUUCAUGUGAUAGCAAAUCACACAAAGCACCCUAAGUUAAUGUAUUGCAUCCUCCAUCACAGUUGCCCUCUUAUGGUCUUUACUGAGGGCUAGCUUGUUGUGUACAUGUGAUUAUGUGUAAGUUGAGUGGUUAUUAACAUUUCUUUGACUUGGUUUACUGGCACUUUUUAUGAUUUGGAAGUCAUAAACAACAGCUCUUCCUUCAGAUUCCCCCCAUCACCCAAUUUCCUGGUUUCUCUUGUUGCUUCAUGCUGCCUUCACAUCUUUUCAAUGUAAUGUAUAGACUUUGUAUCCCUUUACACUGCCCAAUAUGCUUGUAGCAGAAUCUCUUCUUAAUCUUUUAAUUCUUUCUUAUUUUAAGAAGCAAAAACAAACAAUCCCAACAAUAAGGAAGGCUGAUGUCAUUUUCAAAAGAACCAACAAGAAAAUUUAUAUUUAGAUUCUUAUAACAGGCUUCCAAACUUUAUCUGCAGUUUUGUCAUGACUACAUGACUACCUUUGCUGAUUUGCAGCUGCAGCUAUGGACACAAAUGGAGUAUUGGAAUGUGACUCACUAAUUUGCUCAGUACCGGCAUUAGUGUAGUCCUAGUGAAGUCUGGUUGAAAUGUUAUAUGUUUGCUACUAUUUUGUAAUAUUGUAUAAAGGUGGCCUCUCUAAUUUAUUGAUUAUUGGCUGUAUAAGUAAGUUUCUUGGCUGCAGCGUUGUUCACAGCCCAUUAUUCCAUUGACUCUUGCUGUGCUAUUAGUUGAUUGGGGUGAGCCCAUUGGAUCAUUGAAAUCUCAUAGAAUGAGCAAUAUAUGCUUUGUUCUGGCUCUAUUUGCUCGGUUCUGUAGUUAUUUCCUAGGUUUGUCUUGUCCUUCUAGGCAGUGUGCCUGGGCAUUUGUCCUGUAUCACAUAUCUUGAGCUUUAAUAACUGUUAUAUCAUUCACCUUUUUUCCUGGACAGAUUUGUGAAGUUUAACAGAGGUCACUGUAAUUUGGGUAAUUAAAGGGAAGGAGGACAGAAGCAUUUGGGACAAAAGAUUUGUAGGUUUCCAGGGUAUUUGGAAGCGUCAGGAAGCUGUGCAGAAGUUGUCUUGGAACAGUGGCCAGGAAGUAUAUUUGGUCUCUGAGCUUUUAGUUGAUCAAACUGUAUUUUCUGUUUGACACCCUGAUCCAUUGCAAGCACUCAGCAUUUUUGCUGUUGUCGCAAUAGGCAAUGAUCUGUGUGAUUUACUUUUCAAAUAUCAACAGAUGUUGUGAUUUAAAAACGAGGUCCUUAUUCCUGGUUCUUCGUGUGUCUUGCUAUCCAGCUGCCUAACUGAAGGAUACAUAUUUAAAUUCAGUCCAAGUUUUGUUCAGUGGAGCAAACAACUACAAUGAACAGGUGUCAUUGACAUGCAAUGACUUACCACUGAUGAUGGGCUAUAUUGCCAAAGAGUCAUAAAAGUUCGUGGUACAGCACCCUUGGCUUCUUGGAACAGAAUGUUUAAAUUCCAAAUCAGUGCUUGCAUUGAUAUGAAUUCACUGCACUGAAGGCAAAAACCUUCUCAUAUUUACAGCCUCAAUAGUCUAGUACCUCCCUAUGGAUUUCUUUGGCUCUCUUUAGAUGAGUGAGGGCUUUACAGAGGCUAACAAAAGAUUUAUUUCAAUCUCACCUCAUUUCCAGUUUGAAUAACUUAGUGUGCCUAUUUUCCUUUUCAUUCCCCAUCUCUUUUUUUUACUCUUUCUUUUAAGAUUGCAUGUCAUUAUUUGUAAAUGGUAAACCUGCCUAGAAUACACUGGACAAAAUGGUACAUAUUGUAGUUAAGUCCCAGUAUCUUGUCAUCUGAUAUUUAGGGAAUUAAUAUCUCAUCUUUGAAGUUAGAUGAAGCAAUCUAGCUUGAAAGUUGGGUACUACUGCUUUCCUAAACCUUGCUUGGUGAGGCAGGAGGAUUUAAGAGGAUUUUCUGUGAUCAGUUGUUGAGAGCUAGAAUAGGUCUGGUUGUUCUGUAUAAAUCUGCUGAUCCGAUUAACCUUUCUUUGCUCCCUGAGCUGCUCCGAGUGCUGGCAUCCAUUCCAUGUGGUGUCUGGUUGCUUAACUGUUAAGAAAGACUUGGAAUAGCCUAUUAUGACUGGGAACAUGAGUUUUGGAAACUCUCUAGUAGUGGAACUAACAUCAUUACUCUUUUUUUCCAACAAGCUCAACAAAUAUUGUGUCUAAUUUUAAUGUGGGUCAACUUUUGGUUUUUAUUUUAUCUGUGAAAAUAUUUUUAUAGAUACAGUUGCAUAAGUCCUGGUUUAAUAUACUUGGAAAAAAUGUGGAAGCUUCCUUGAGUGGGAUGUAGGAAGAGGACACACCAAUCAAUGGGAUACCACAGGCCUUCUUUGUUGUCCUGGAUUGUUGCAUGGUUUCUAGAAUGUUUAGUUGAGAUUGUAAUAAUCUCUGAACUUUCAAGAGAAGGAGUUAGGAAUGUUGCUGCUUCCCAAAUAUAUAAAUAAUUAUUGGGAGUAGGAAAAUGGGAGCCAUGUUUCUGAAGGAAUUUGGUAGAAAGAUGGGGCACUGAAGAAAGUCUGAAAGGAUGGUUGGUAUUGUUUUGUGUUGUUCUGGGAGGAACAGUCUAUUUCCUGCCUUUAAUAUUUCAUACAUUUCUUUCCCACAGAACCUCCGCUGGAAAAAUUCCAACUAUUUUGUGUGGACAGAUGGGCUGCAGACUCUUUUUGUUUUCCAGAGAAUGGGUACGAGGCUGUUUCAUUUCUCCCCUGUGUUAUGACUUCUGAGCAAAGCUUAAAAAUUUAUCAAUGAGGCUGGUUCCAUCUGUGCUUCCCUACAGAAAGUAGAUGGGACAGGGAGCAGGGGGAGUGUAGCUAGGCAGAUAAUGGUGAAGCUGAAUGUAAGAAACCCAGUAAAGUUCUACAAGUGUUGACCUUGCUGGCUUGUGACUUAUUUCUGAUUGGUUGCAGUGGCUGUGCUGUACUACUACUUCUAUAAGAGGACGGCUGUGCACUUGGGAGAUCCCCGUUUCUACCAGGACUCUCUUUGGCUACGGAAAGAGUUUGCACAAGCGCACAGUUGA